UUGAUAUCGCUAGUUGUUUGCAUUUCGUUGAGCAGCAUUAAAUUCCAGUUUUUAUUUUCAAUUAAAAAUGGAUAUUAUCGAUACAGACAUCAGGCCAUGGGACAUGAAUGAUGUGAAGGAACAAUUCGGAGACAGUCUUAUGCUGUUGCCAUCAAACGAUAAUAUAAAAGAGCUACAAACUAUACUCCGAGACAAAAAUACAACAAGGAGCGAUUUCAAGUUCUAUGCCGAUCGGCUGAUCAGACUUGUAAUUGAAGAGAGUUUGAACAAGCUACCAUUCACAGACUGCGAGGUUGUCACCCCCACCGGAGCUCUGUACAAGGGUCUCAAAUAUGGAGCCGGAAAUUGUGGCGUGUCCAUUGUCCGGUCUGGGGAAGCCAUGGAACAGGGCCUCCGAGACUGCUGCCGCUCCAUCCGAAUUGGUAAGAUCCUAGUGGAGAGUGACACAGACACACAUGAGGCACAUGUAGUGUAUGCCAAGUUCCCUGAAGAUAUAGCACGCAGGCAGGUGCUAUUGAUGUACCCUAUCAUGUCCACUGGCAACACUGUCAAACAGGCUGUCAAUGUCCUCACCCAACAUGGUGUCAAAGAAGAACGCAUCAUUCUCUCCAACCUGUUUUGUACUCCAGCGGCUGUGCAAGCGGUGGUGGACUAUGUGCCAAAGAUGAAGAUACUCACUUCGGAACUACAUCCCGUCGCUCCGAACCACUUUGGACAGAAGUACUUCGGCACUGACUGAUAUGAGGAUGAGUUCGAAUUUUAAAUAUUAGGAUACAUACAUAUAUAUGAACAGCCUGGGAGUUUUAGUAAGUUUACUGUAAAGUGUUUCGCACAUGUCAAGGCCAUCUAGCUUUAAGUGUUCUUUGAGGAAGAAGAUGAAAAAUGCAGUCAAAGCUCAGUGCCUGCAGGAAUUUCUGGAAAUUCUCUCUUAGUGCACCCCUUGCAUUUUGAACUGCAUUGAUAUGUUAGUUAGUCAGUGUCCUCUUUCAUUUAUAUUUAGAUAGAUAUUUUGGAGACCCAGGCUCUUUUAUACAAUUAAUUUUAAGUCAAAACUCGAGUCCUAAUUGAUUUGUAAGAUAAAUUAUUUAAAAUAUUUUAGUUUAUAAGUAUAAAAGAGGUCUGAGAUGAUUUGCCUGUGACAAUGUAACGAAAAAUAGUGAUAGUACUUAAAUUUAAUUUAUAUUUGAAAUCUUGAGUAAUUAUAUGUUGAUGAAAUAUGAAAUCUUACAACUACGAAAGUGUACAGGUACUUUAGACAAAUGUAUUAAUGAUUCAA